GAAUUCAAAUCACUUGUUGCUGUAUUCGCGAUCAGUUCUCAAGCGAAAUGAAGUUCGGUCUAUUGAUUGCAAUAGUUGGCUUGUCUUUGGCAGCUGCAGAUUAUCCAUCAAAUAAUCCAAUAGAGCUUAUUACACAGUUGGUGCAACUGGAAAAUGAGAAUCAAAGACUUCAGCAGCUUAUAGCCCACUUGGUAGAGCAAGUAGCUGACUUUCGCUACAAGAAUCAACUAGUUGUACAACUAAAGAUGGUGCAGGAAAUACUUAAGAAUAAGUGCAAUUCAGUCGUUGGUGGUGGUGGUGGUGGGGGAUGUAGUAGUAAUGAAUGUGUCGGUGGUGGUGGUGGUGCAGUAGCGAACCUUGGAUACUUCCAGAAUUUAUUGAAUGAUGUGAGGCAAGCGAAGCUCAACAUUCAAGCUCUAACUAACAAUGCACAUACGUUGCAAUAUACGCUGCUAAACUUCUGGAAUCAAUUGAGAAACAAGUGCUAUGGUUCAUUUGGAUAUCCACAAAUUAGUGGAUUAAGCAGAUCAGAAGAAGCCCAAACUACAGAAUCAUAAACGUUUCUUUGUGGACUAAAAUGUACACUGCAAGCUACAUCGAUUAAUUAACAAUUUUAUUCCUUGAGCAAUA